AUGGCUGCUCCAACCGCUAUAAAGAACUUGAAACCUCAAACUCAAGUCUCUGACGAAAUACUGCAUGAAAACACCAUACCUAAUACUAAUAAUAAUAAUGAAGAUCAAGAUGAUGAUGAUAUGUUAAUAGAUGCAAAUGUUAUCCCAUCAGAACAAGAAUUACCUUCUAAUAGUAAUGAAGAAACCAAAGGGGUAGUAUUGGAUGUCACUGGUAAACCUAAAUUCUCUGCCGCUUCUAAAUCAGGUAUGAAAGUUAAAUUAGAAUCAAGAAAAGUUCCAGUUCCACCUCAUAGAAUGACUCCAUUAAAGAACGUUUGGCCUAAAAUUUAUCCUCCAUUAGUUGAUCAUUUAAAAUUACAAGUUAGAAUGAAUUUAAAAACUAAAACGGUUGAAUUGAAAACUAAUAAACAUACUGUUGAUGAAGGUGCCUUACAAAAAGGAGCUGAUUUUAUAAAAGCUUUUACAUUAGGUUUCGAUAUUGAUGAUGCUAUUGCAUUAUUAAGAUUAGAUGAUUUAUAUAUUGAAACUUUCGAAGUUAAAGAUGUUAAAACUUUACAAGGUGAUCAUUUAUCAAGAGCCAUUGGUAGAAUUGCUGGUAAAGAUGGUAAAACUAAAUUUGCCAUUGAAAAUGCUACAAGAACAAGAAUUGUUUUAGCUGAUUCAAAAAUUCAUAUUUUAGGUGGAUUCACUCAUAUAAGAAUGGCAAGAGAAGCUGUUGUAUCAUUAAUUUUAGGUUCUCCUCCUGGUAAAGUUUAUGGUAAUUUACGUACAGUUUCAUCAAGAUUGAAAGAACGUUAUUAA